CCCUAUGCGUUCUAUAGGGCGGUGACAUUCAAAGGCAGUGGCGCGUUUUAAAACUUAAUUUUCGUCGUUUAAAAGGACAUAAGGACCUCACAGUUCUGCUAGAAUCUGGCCGAAGACUGCUGCCAGUGUUGGAAUAAGUCCCCGUUUUCGUAACAUUUUGAGGCGUCUUCAGAGUUACCACCAUGGCUUUUGAAUACAUCCCGCCUGUAUUUGCACAGCCCGGAAUGGUGCAGCAACCACCAACUCUAGCAGCCCCUGGAAGUGAGCCUGGACCGCUGCAGAUCAGGGAAAUGCAGGAACAAGACGUGGACUUUAUCGCCAGAAUGCUGGUCGAGGCUUUCAGUGACAAGUUCGAACAUGCGGUUGGCAAGAGUCGGAUGGAGGGAGCGGUGAAACAGACAGCAGGCAUGAUGGGAAGGUCUCGUCACGUGUGGCACAGAUAUCGCAUUGCCCUGUACGAGGGAAGGCAGGCCGGAGCCAUGGCUAUCAGGUUUCAUGGAGACAAUGCUGAGGAGGAUUUCCAGUGUGGAGAGGCCUGCUCUUAUCUGGGCUGCUGCGGAACUUGUGGGCUGACGUGCCUGGGCCUGGGAACCACCGAGUCCUCCAUCCGCCUGGGGGAGUGCUACGUUGACCACAUCGGUGUGGACGCGAGCUUUCGCGGGAGAGGUGUCGGCAAAAUGCUGCUGGAGAGGGCUGACUUCGAUGCCAGGCAGCGCGGCUGCACGAGGAUGUUCCUGUGGGUGAAGCAGACUAACCGAGCGGUCCACCUGUACGAGCGGCAGGGUUACGUCGUCGUGGAAACCGUCAACGGGAGCUGCUUCCUCCGAUGCGCCAUGGGAAGCGGGGAUUUUUACAAGAUGCAGAAGCAACUGUAGUGUUCAAGUCCCACACAGUAAAAAACACCCAAAGCAUCAGCUCAGGGUCAAUGAUGUGUGUCUAUGACUGCAUGGACUGUCAAAUCAUGAGUGUCUGACAUUUUAUGAAAUUUGAAUCUGUUACACUUGUGUCAUAAUUAUGAAUCAUACUUUCUAUGUGUACUGAGUUACAUAUCAGAUUAUGGAUCUUAACUAUAGUAGUUUAGAAUUAUUAUAUAAUACUUAAUAAUGUAUCAACUUUGCUGCAGAUUUUACUCUUUUUAAGUGUUGUGUAUGCAAGGAUGUAAAAUAUUUCCCAAAGUACUUACACAUGUACACUAUAUAUAUAAUGUGUGCGCGCGCGUGUGUGUGUGUGUGCGCGCGCGCGUG